CACAGUCCAAGACAGGCAGAGGAGAGAGACUGUUCUCAGUCUAGGAAAAAAAUGCUUAUCCCUUCCUUAGAAUAUUUUGUCUGUGAAGAAAGACAUUGUGAUGAAGCCCCAGAGAGAAGGGCAGUGUUGGAUGGUGACACUCUAAGGACCAGACCGGAAGUAACUGAUGGUCUAACCAGUCAACAAGUGGGCGGGGAAUCCCUCCCAGAGAAGCGUGGCUGCAGCAACCUCCCUGCUUUGGAGGAGGGCGGGAGGCGGGGUAAGUCUGGUGGGAAACGCUGUAAUUUCCUUUUUUACUUUCAAGGCAAUAGUGCAGAAUCCAGAAUGGAUGUCCUCUUUGUAGCCAUCCUUGCUGUGCCACUCAUCCUGGGACAAGAAUAUGACGAUGAAGAAGUACUGGAAGAAGAUGACUAUUACCAGGUGGUCUAUUAUUACACAGUCACUCCCAACUAUGAUGAUUUUGGUGCAAAUUUCACUGUUGAUUACUCUAUGUUUGAGUCGGAGGACAUACUGAACAGGUUGGAUAAGGAGGUAAUGGAAGCAGCAGAGACUACCAUUAGUCAUGAAACAGACCGUGCAGACCAUCAGAAGCCUGUAACUGUGAAACAUGUGACAGUGGAAUCAGGUCCAGAUCUGAACGAUGCUGUAUCCAGUCUGCAGAAUCCUGUUCCCCUCCUCCUGUCCUGGGCCCUCGUUCAGGGGGGGAUGUAUUUCAUGUAGAAGGAGAGGGAAGGCUGCUACAACUCGGAUGGGGAUUUGGGAAGAGGAAAUUGGAAGAUAAAAUAAAUACAUGAAAUAAUCCGGUUA